UAACAACAGCGUCACCGAGACUUCUCGCAAACCGUCAAGAUGCUUAUCCCCAAGGCCGACCGCAAGGCGAUCCACGAGUACCUCUUCCGAGAGGGCGUUCUCGUCGCAAAGAAGGACUUCAACCUUCCCAAGCACGGCGACAUUGACACCAAGAACCUUUUCGUCAUCAAGGCUUGCCAGUCUUUGACCUCGCGCGGAUUCGUCAAGACCCGCUUCUCGUGGCAAUACUACUACUACACCCUCACCCCCGAGGGUCUCGACUACCUCCGCGAAUGGCUCCACCUCCCCGCUGAGAUUGUGCCCCAGACGCACAUCAAGCAGGCCCGCUCUGCUCCUCCCCGCGGCAUGCUCGGCGGUGACGACCGUGAGAGGCGUGGUGGUGGUCGUGGUGACCGUGGCGGCCGUGGCGGAGGUGACCGUGACAGCUACCGACGACGUGACGCCGGCGAGAAGGGUGAGGGCGGUGCCCCUACCGACUUCAAGCCCGAGUUCCGUGGUGGCUUCGGGCGUGGACGUGGUGGUGCUGCUCCGGCUUCUUAAGCAGUUUACUCUAGCUUAUGGAGUUUGAGAUUUCGUGUGAAUCAUCUUUGGGUCGGGCGCUUUUCUGCAUUACCAAAAGGAAUCGGACAUGGUGGCAUACGGCGAAAUGAACGGAUGAUACUACGAAUGUAUUACGCGUCUAAGCUGCACUCUUGCACGCUCGGACGGUUUUCCCAAUGAUACCCAGUUUCCUCAGGUGAUCACUUGU